CAGUGUGCAGAGGAGGUCUGAGUGAGUCAGUCAAGUAUCCAAAUGAGGAUUUGAAAGUAAAUACAAUAAAAUAAAACAGGAGAUACCAACAUCAUAAAGACCAAGCUGCUAAAAGAUUAAAAACCGAGAAGCUUUUUUGUUUGUUUUUCUGAAAUGAUAUUAAUGAUGCUUCGGUGAUGUUUAUCUUCUUUUAACCCUAACCGUCGCAAGAAGCGUUGAUGGUAAAGCAAACCAAGUAUCAUUGGUACACCAGGUUAUCAACGCAGUAAAUGAAGACACGUUUCUUUCAGGUUGUAUUAACAACGCGAAGUCUUUACUAAUUUAGAUUUUCUUUUUCUUUUUGUGAAUUAGCUUUGCCACUGUGGAUGACACUAUAAACCGCUUUUUUUUAUUAUUUUUUACCAGGACUCAUACAAGUGCGCAUUUUAAUGGAAGAGGUUUUUGUCUCUUGAAGGGUAGACUGGUUUUAUUUGUAUUUAUUUUUUCCCUAAAAUCUAACUAUAUGGAUAUUCAGACUUUUGCUGAUUUCAAGAUGCUACCUGCGAAAUGGCCCGUUUAUCGAGGGGCCCUGUUUAACAACAUUUCUGUCAGAAUUGUGAAAUCCUUGCGCACUUGAGUUUUGCUCAUUUCUUGGAUAAUUAAACACACAUAUUAACUAUUGUUGUUCUUGUUGUUGAGGACAUUGAUUUAAAGAAGAAAUAAAUCCUGGUUACUAUGCAAUUACAACUAAUAUCCUUGGUUUUAAUCUUUUUACACUCUAUGGAAUACAUUGACACCCAGCAAGCCUCCAGAAUCAGGAGACAUAAAAAAUUACAUCCUGGAGUUAGUCAUGGUUGUCAAGGGGGAUGUGCGACAUGUUCCGAUUACAAUGGAUGCUUGUCAUGUAAACCGAGGCUCUUUUUCUUCUUGGAGAGGGACGGGAUGAGGCAGACUGGGGUGUGCCUGUCCUCCUGCCCGAGUGGUUACUACGGGACCAGAUCACCAGACAUUAACAAAUGCACAAAAUGUAAAGCAGACUGCGACGUCUGCUUCAACAGAAACUUCUGUACGAAAUGUAAAGCUGGAUUGUAUUUACAUAUGGGGAGGUGUCUGGACAUUUGUCCUGAUGGGUUUGAGGCCAACGAACAGCACAUGGAGUGUAAAGCUAUUGUGCACUGCAAGGUUGGUGAGUGGAGUCAAUGGAGUCCCUGCUCAAAGAGAGGGAAAACAUGUGGUUUCAAAAGAGGCGAGGAGUCGAGGACUCGAGAGACACUGCGCAUCCCCUCUGCAAGCGGAGACGCUUGUCCAGCCAUGAAAGAGAAGAGGAAAUGUGUCGUGCAAAGAAGAAAAUGUCGCAAAGGAGAAAGGAAAGGGGGAGGUGAGAGAAAGAGAAGGCCAAAUAAAGAGGAGAACAAAGAGGAGAACCAAGAGAGCAGGCAGGAAGAAAGGGACACUGACAACAGAGAGGAAUCAGAGAACAAAAACAAGACUGAACACAGGAGACGGAAAGCACAGAACAAGCAACGCAUCUCUACAGCAGGGAGCAGUGUACAAUAACAGCCUCAAUGGAUUGUUAUGGGUUAAGAUGCUGCUAUCUGUACAUAUAAAUAUAUACUGUAUAUGCACAUGGAAAAGACAUUAUGCGCAUGGAAUUGGUGGCAAAUUGGAGGGCAAUCAACAAGAACUGUCUUGAUUCUGUGCCCAGUACAGACCGUAUUAAAACACUUAGAAUGCUACAACUAAUAAGACUUUAAGAAUGUGGAGUUCAUUCCAUAGAACCUUUCUUUCAAGUUGGUAUUGUAAAUGUCAAAUUGCUUUUAAAGGACCAGGUCCUACAGCACAUGAAAGGUUUGAAUGUAGGUGUUGUGACAGUAUUUAGAUUUGCUGUAGAUGUCUAAUUAUAACUUGAGUAAAUUAAAACUGUGCUUUUUUAUACUUUAUUUACACACAAACAUUAAAAAUAAAAUAAAAUAAAAAAAAUUUGUGACUGCAUGCUGAUCGUUAAAUCUGUGGAUGAUGGUAUAAAUAAAUAUAUCCAACACAGGUCUAAUGAUCAUUCAUUUUCAUGGCAUUUCUCAAGAUAAUGUAUUAAGCAUAUGCUUUUCCGUCUAAACGAUAUGUCCAUAUCAUAUAUGCUCAUUUUCCUGCUAGUAUAUCUAGGUCCUGUGCCUUUGAGCUAAAUCGCGUGACAUGAAAAGCCACUAAACAGAUCAAAGCGCCUGUAUGUCAAAUAAAAUUAUAUUGGAUUUAUA